AUGCAAACUACCAAACGUUCCGUUUCCGUGGUUACUUCCUCCUUGAAGCGCACUCUUGCCAGUGGUCAAAAGAGAAAUUUCUCAUCAGGUAUCGUUAACAAUGGUGUUAACACUGAAAAAUGGGCUGCACAAUUGAAUGCCUCUUUAAAGGAUGUUGAUCCUGAAUUGUUUGAUAUCAUUGAACACGAAAAGAAUAGACAAUACAAGGGUUUGCAAUUGAUUCCAUCAGAGAACUUUACUUCCAAGGCCGUUUUGGAUGCUUUGGGAUCUGUCAUGCAAAACAAGUACAGUGAAGGUUAUCCAGGAAAGCGUUAUUAUGGUGGUAAUGAAUAUAUUGACAUGUCUGAAUCUCUCUGUCAAAAGAGAGCCCUUGAAGCAUUCAAUUUAGAUCCAAAGGAAUGGGGUGUUAACGUUCAAAGUUUGAGUGGUUCUCCAGCUAACUUUUAUGUUUACACUGCUUUACUUCAACCUCAUGAUAGAAUUCUCUCAUUGGAUUUGCCACAUGGAGGCCAUCUUUCACAUGGUUACCAAACUCCAACAAAGAAAAUUUCUGCAGUCAGUAUCUAUUUUGAAACAUUAGGAUACAGAUUGAAUGAAGAAACUGGUUUGAUUGAUUAUGCCAAGAUGGAAGAAUUGGCUGAUUAUUAUAGACCAAAGUUGGUUGUUGCUGGUGCUAGUGCUUAUUCUCGUUUGAUUGAUUAUGCUGCCUUCAGAAAGGUUUGCGAUAAGCAUAAUGCUUACCUUGUUUCUGAUAUGGCUCACAUCAGUGGUUUGGUUGCUGCUGGUGUUAUUCCAUCACCAUUUGAACACUCACAUGUUGUCACUACUACUACUCACAAGAGUUUGAGAGGACCAAGAGGCGCCAUGAUCUUCUACAGAAAGUCAAUUGAAGGUCUCGAGGAUAAGAUUAAUGCUGCUGUUUUCCCAGGUCAUCAAGGUGGUCCACACAAUCAUACCAUCUCUGCUUUGGCUGUUGCCUUAAAGAUGGCUACAACCCCAGAGUACAAGGAAUAUCAAGAACAAGUUUUGAAGAAUUGUAAAGUUUUGACUGAAGAAAUGAAAAAGUUGGGCUACAAGAUUGUCAGUGAUGGUACUGAUAACCACUUGCUCCUUGUUGAUUUGAGAAAUAAGGGUGUAGAUGGUGCUAGAGUUGAAGCUGUUCUUGAACGUUCGAGCAUUGCUGUCAAUAAGAAUACCGUCCCAGGUGAUAAAUCUGCUAUGGUUCCAGGUGGUAUCAGAAUGGGUUCACCUGCUUUGACAACCAGAGGAUUUUUGGAAACUGACUUUGCUCAAGUUGCCCAAUUUGUUCAUGAGGGUAUUCAAAUUGCUCAAAAGACUAAGGUUGAACUUGAAAAGCAAGGUCUCAAGAAGGUUAAGGACUUUAAGGAUCAUUUGGAUCAAAACCCAGACGCUGUUGGUAUUACUCAAUUGAGAAAUAAGAUUGAAUCAUUCAGCAAGUCAUUCCCAUCCAUUGGUUUUGACAAGGAAUUCAUGAAAUACAAAUAAAUCAAAUAGCUUUAAACUCAUAAU